AUGGCGGAAUCAGGAUCAAUUCUGCCACAUUCUAACGUUAUUAUUCCACUUUCUUUUUCACCAGAACAAGUUAAGUUACAUAAUAAUGCUAUUCAUUUGCAAAAAAUUGGUAGCGAACAUCAGGAAAUUAAACAAGCCGCUGUUAAGACUUUACAUCAAAAUUCUAUAUUAGCGAUGCAUGUGAUUGCAAGUGGUGAGUCACCUGCUAGAACUAGGUUACGGAGGAUACGUGAUUUAACAAGUUUACCUCAACCUUCAUAUGAAUCAUCG